AUGUCUAUGAAAAACGAUAUAGGCGAGACUCUCGCUAGGCUUGAUGACGGCGACUUUGCCGCGUCUCUCGAGGUGGUCGACAGCUAUCUGACCACCUCGAACGAUGAGGAUAUUGCCGUGAGCCAUAGCCGGGGUGUGGCCAUCGAGCAGGCUGCCCGCCAGCAGUCUGGAUACGACACCGGCGAUAUCAGCAGCUCGGGCGAAUUUGCCAGCUUCCGGGACGCUAGCAGCUCCCCGGCAUGGUUCAGCAUCCGUCUGCCCAAGACAUCCCCGAGCCGCCAUAGUGUGAGUUCAGCAACCGAGGCAUUUUCCGAUACCAGUGUGAUGCAGAGCCUGCGCCGAAUGGUGCAGCGCGAGGAGGCGUGGCAGCAAACCAAGGCCACGUACGAAAAUCACUUGUCGCAGAUGGCACUGCACCUUCAACAGCAGUCGCUAGCGUUCAAGUCAGCUCAGGCCAAACUCAAAUCGCUGGGGGCUGCACCUGACCCCGUUAUCGAUCAGUAUGCAUCAAACGGGACGUUCCCCGUGUCCACUGGCGCCGAGCUGCAGCCAGACGAGUCCAUUGGCGGGUCGACCACCGAGAGCAACUACAACAGCUGGUGGGCAACGUUCCUGCCGGCUGCCACCGGCAUGCCAGCACGUACCUCUGGUAGUCUGCCCAACAGCCCGAUGGUCAGCGCCUCGCUGAAUGGGUAUGCGACGGUGGCAGGCACCGGCGAGCUUGUGUGUCUCGAGUGCAUCCAGGCGUGCGAGCGCGUUGCCGAUGCUGUGCUGCACGGCGACUUCAAUGCCCGGGUCAGGUGCACGCGCUGCCACAACAUUGACGGUGCUGGCGAGAAGGAGUGGCCACUGACCAAGCCCACAGGCGCUGCUGGUCACGUAUCGGCAUCCUCCAGCCAGCUGACAGGAACUCCGAUGAUUAGCCACCCAGUUACGCAUACCCAGAAGCUGGCGAACCGUGUCAACCGCAUGGCUUCGCUGCUGUCCUUUGUCACCCAUGAAAUCGUCGGCGUGGCACGCAACGACGGCAUUCGUGGCAUUCUCGGCACCCAGGGCAGCAUUGAUGGACUGAACGGGACUUGGCUUGAGCUUAUGAACGAGGUCAACACGAUGACACGGAUCCACACGGAGCAGGUGCGCAACAUUGCGCACGUCUGCAACUCUGUGGCCAACGGCGACUUGUCCGAGAAGGUCUCGAUUGACGUCAACGGUGAAAUGGCUGAGCUCAAGGACACGAUCAACAGCAUGGUGGACCAGCUCAGUGCCUUCUCGUUUGAGGUCACCCGCGUCUCGCAUGCCGUCGGCACCGAAGGCACGCUGGGCGUCACUGCCGAGGUCCCCGACGUCAACGGUGUCUGGAAGCUGCUUACGGAUAAUGUCAACAGCAUGGCCAGCAAUCUGACCAACCAGGUGCGCGAUAUCUCGAAUGUCUGCAAGGCCGUGGCAGCCGGUGACCUGACGCGCACGGUGCAGGUCGAGGCACGCGGCGAAAUGCUUGAGCUCAAGGAUACAAUCAACACGAUGGUUACCAGACUUGACCAUAUGGCGGUGGAGCUGACCCGCGUGGCUGUCCAGGUUGGCAUUGACGGCAUGCUGGGGGGACAGGCAAACUGGUUUGAACUCGACGGCACCUGGAAGGAUCUAACGGACAACGUUAACCGUAUGGCGGAUAACCUGACACAGCAGGUACGCGAUAUUACGAGAGUCACCCAGGCCGUGGCCCGCGGUGACCUGACACGCAAGGUCGAGGUGCCGCUUAACGGUGAAAUGGCAGAGCUGAAGACGACUAUUAACGAAAUGGUGGACAGGCUCAACACUUUUGCAUUUGAGGUCUCGCGUGUGGCCAAGGAGGUCGGUACUGAUGGGCAGCUCGGUGGCCAGGCAAAUGUCCCCGAUGUCGAUGGUACCUGGAAGGUUCUGACUGACAACGUGAACACAAUGGCGGACAACCUGACCAACCAAGUUCGUGACAUUGCGAAUGUGACCAAGGCCAUUUCAGCUGGCGAUCUGACGCGCAAGGUGCAGGUGCCGCUGAACGGCGAGAUGGAUGAGCUCAAGAUCACUAUCAACACCAUGGUGGACCAGCUCAACACUUUUGCGUUUGAGGUCUCGCGCGUGGCCAAGGAGGUCGGUACCGACGGUAAGCUUGGCGGGCAGGCCAAUGUUGAGGGUGUUGGCGGCACUUGGAAGGACCUGACUGACAAUGUCAACAAGAUGGCGGACAAUCUGACCAACCAGGUCCGAGACAUUGCUGACGUUACCAAGGCUGUUGCCGCCGGCGAGCUAUCGCGCAAGGUCAUGGUUCCACUGAAUGGCGAGAUGGGCGAGCUCAAGGACACAAUCAACCAGAUGGUGGACCAGCUCAGCCACUUUGCCGACGAGGUCACCACGGUCGCCAUCGAGGUUGGUCUGGAGGGCCGUUUGGGUGCACAGGCGCGUGUCGUCGGCGUGCAAGGCGUGUGGAUGGACCUGACGCACAACGUCAACAAGAUGGCGUAUAAUAUCACAAGACAAGUGCGUAACAUUGCUGAGGUCACCCGGGCCGUUGCCAAGGGCGAUCUGGGCAAGCAGGUCGACAUCCCGUGCAAGGGUGAGAUGGAGUUUUUGAAAACUACUAUCAACGACAUGGUUGCCCGACUAAAGACGUUCUCCAGCGAGGUGUCGCGUGUCGCCAAGGAGGUUGGAACUGACGGCAAGCUGGGCGCCCAGGCAUCAGUGCCUGAUGUGGAGGGCACGUGGAAGUACUUGACAGAAAACGUCAACAAGAUGGCCGACAACUUGACUAACCAGGUUCGGGACAUUGCGACGGUGACCAAGGCUAUUUCAGCUGGCGAUCUGACGCGCAAGGUGCAGGUGCCGCUGAACGGCGAGAUGGAUGAGCUCAAGAUCACUAUCAACACCAUGGUGGAUCAGCUCAAUACCUUUGCCAAGGAGGUCUCGCGUGUCGCCAAGGAGGUCGGCACUGAUGGACAGCUCGGCGGCCAAGCAAACGUCGAGGGUGUUGACGGCACCUGGAAGGUUUUGACGGACAACGUCAACAACAUGGCCACCAACUUGACCAACCAGGUUCGAGACAUUGCCACAGUUACGAAGGCGAUCUCAGCCGGAGAUUUGACGCGCAAGGUUGAAAUUCCGCUGAACGGCGAGAUGGGCGAAUUGAAGGACACCAUCAACACUAUGGUUGGGCAGCUGAAGACGUUCGCGUCAGAGGUAUCUCGUGUUGCCAAGGAGGUCGGCACGGAUGGCAAACUCGGCGGCCAGGCAUAUGUGCCCAAUGUCGACGGCACUUGGAAGGACCUGACCGACAAUGUGAACAAGAUGGCUGACAACCUGACGAUUCAGGUGCGCAACAUCGCUGAGGUCACCAAGGCAGUUGCAGCAGGCGAAAUGUCCAAGCGCAUCACAGUGACUUUGAAUGGUGAGAUGGGCGAGCUCAAGACCACUAUCAACGCCAUGGUCAACCAGGUCAGCCAGUUUGCCGCGGAGCUUGCCAAGGUCGCGCACGAGGUCGGUACCGAGGGCCAAUUGGGAGCACACGCCGACAUGAGCGGGGUUGAUGGUGUCUGGAAAACGCUCACAGACAAUGUCAACAACAUGGCCGACAAUAUUACCAAUCAGGUGCGCAACAUCGCCGAGGUCACCAAGGCCGUCGCUGAGGGCGAUCUGUCCAAGGAGGUCACUGUCCCGCUAAAGGGUGAGAUGGGCGACCUGAAGACCACUAUCAACGACAUGGUUGCUCGGCUGAAAACGUUCUCCAGCGAGGUGUCGCGUGUCGCCAAAGAGGUCGGGACUGACGGCAAGCUGGGCGCACAGGCGACAGUGCCUGAUGUCGAGGGUACAUGGAAGGACUUGACCGACAAUGUCAACAACAUGGCGACUAAUCUGACGAACCAGGUACGCGACAUUGCGACGGUGACAAAAGCGAUCUCGGCCGGCGAUUUGACGCGCAAGGUUGAGGUGCCGCUGAACGGUGAGAUGGGUGAGCUCAAGAUCACUAUCAACACCAUGGUUGAUCAGCUCAACACGUUCGCGGACGAAGUAUCGCGUGUCGCCAAGGAGGUCGGAACCGAUGGCAAGCUUGGCGGGCAGGCCAAUGUCGAAGGUGUUGAUGGUACGUGGAAGGUUUUGACUGACAACGUCAACAACAUGGCCACCAACCUGACCAACCAAGUCCGUGAUAUCGCCAAUGUCACCAAGGCAAUCUCAGCUGGUAACCUCAAUCUCAAGGUCGAGGUGCCGCUGAACGGCGAGAUGGGUGACUUGAAGGGCACCAUCAACACGAUGGUGGACCAGCUCAACACGUUCGCCGCCGAAGUGUCGCGUGUGGCCAAAGAGGUCGGAACUGAUGGUCAGCUGGGCGGACAAGCCAAUGUCCCAAAUGUCGACGGUACCUGGAAGGACCUUACUGACAACGUGAAUACCAUGGCUGACAACCUGACCAACCAGGUGCGGACAAUCAGCAACGUCACUAAGGCUGUUGCGCUUGGCGAUCUGACACAGAAGAUCAAGGUCGAUGCGCUCGGAGAGAUGGGCGACCUGAAGACCACAAUCAACGACAUGGUGGACCGGUUGAACACGUUUGCUGAUGAGGUGUCGCGUGUGGCCAAGGAGGUCGGCACAGACGGCAAGCUUGGCGGUCAAGCCAAUGUUGAGGGUGUUGAUGGAACUUGGAAGUCGCUGACUAACAACGUCAACCGGAUGGGUGACAACUUGACGAACCAGGUCCGAGACAUCGCCAAUGUCACCAAAGCUAUCUCUGCUGGUGACCUGACGCGCAAGGUCCAGGUGCCGCUAAAUGGCGAGAUGGGUGAGCUCAAGUCGACCAUCAACACCAUGGUUGACCAGCUGAGCACUUUCGCGGCUGAGGUGUCGCGUGUCGCCAAGGAGGUUGGAACUGAUGGGCAGCUCGGCGGACAGGCCAACGUUGAGGGCGUUGAUGGGACCUGGAAGUCGCUCACAGACAACGUCAACAAGAUGGCAGACAACCUGACCAACCAAGUCCGUGAUAUCGCCAAUGUCACCAAGGCUAUUUCAGCAGGCGACCUGACGCGCAAGGUCGAGGUGCCGCUGAAUGGUGAGAUGGGUGAGCUCAAGCAGACCAUCAACACGAUGGUGGACCAGCUCAACACAUUCGCCUUCGAGGUAUCCCGAGUUGCUAAGGAGGUCGGUACCGAUGGUCAGCUAGGCGGACAAGCCAAUGUCCCAAAUGUCGACGGUACCUGGAAGGACCUUACUGACAACGUGAAUACCAUGGCCGACAACCUGACCAACCAAGUCCGUGACAUUGCAAUGGUCACUACAGCCAUUUCAGCAGGCAACUUGAAUCUCAAGGUCGAGGUGCCGCUAAAUGGCGAGAUGGGUGAGCUCAAGUCGACCAUCAACACCAUGGUGGACCAGCUGAGCACGUUCGCGGCUGAGGUGUCGCGUGUGGCCAAGGAGGUUGGUACCGAUGGGCAGCUCGGCGGACAGGCCAACGUUGAGGGCGUUGAUGGGACCUGGAAGUCGCUCACUGACAACGUCAACAAGAUGGCAGACAACCUGACCAACCAAGUCCGUGAUAUCGCCAAUGUCACCAAGGCUAUUUCAGCAGGCGACCUGACGCGUAAGGUCGAGGUGCCGCUCAAUGGCGAGAUGGGUGAGCUCAAGCAGACCAUCAACACCAUGGUGGACCAGCUCAACACAUUCGCCUUCGAGGUAUCCCGAGUUGCCAAGGAGGUCGGUACCGAUGGUCAGCUAGGCGGACAAGCCAACGUCCCAAGUGUCGACGGUACCUGGAAGGACCUUACUGACAACGUGAAUACCAUGGCUGACAACCUGACCAACCAAGUACGCUCGAUUAGCAAGGUUACCACCGCGAUUGCUGAAGGUGACUUGAGCAAAAAGAUCGACAUUGUUGUCAACGGCGAAAUGGGCGAGCUCACAAAUACUAUCAACGAGAUGGUCGACAAGCUCCGCGGGAUUGUAUCAGAGCUGUCGAGUGUUGCACUCCAGGUCGGCACCGACGGCCAACUUGGUGGUCAGGCUCACUUGAAGAACAUUAGCGGCAACUGGAAGGACUUGACCGAUAACGUCAACAAGAUGGCAUACAACCUGACCAACCAAGUCCGUGACAUCGCAACGGUCACUAAGGCUAUCUCUGCUGGUGACCUGACGCGCAAGGUCCAGGUGCCGCUGAACGGCGAGAUGGGUGAGCUCAAGUUGACCAUCAACACGAUGGUGGACCAGCUGAGCACUUUCGCGGCUGAGGUGUCGCGUGUCGCCAAGGAGGUUGGAACUGAUGGGCAGCUCGGCGGACAGGCCAACGUUGAGGGCGUUGAUGGGACCUGGAAGUCGCUCACUGACAACGUCAACAAGAUGGCAGACAACCUGACCAACCAGGUGCGCGACAUUGCCAACGUCACCAAGGCGAUUUCAGCGGGUAACCUGAACAUGAAGGUCGAGGUGCCACUCAAUGGCGAGAUGGGCGAGCUCAAGGAUACCAUCAACACGAUGGUGGACCAGCUCAACACGUUUGCGGAUGAGGUUACACGAGUUGCUAAGGAAGUGGGUACUGAAGGCAAGCUUGGCGGCCAGGCCAAUGUUGAUGGUGUUGAUGGCACAUGGAAGGAUCUGACCAACAACGUGAACACCAUGGCCAGCAACCUGACGACCCAGGUCCGAUCCAUCAGCGAAGUCACCAAGGCUGUCGCACACGGCGAUUUGACGCAGAAAAUUGAAGUUGACGUCGAGGGUGAAAUGCUGGACCUUAAGACCACUAUAAACGAAAUGGUUGACCAGCUCAAUAUCUUUGCCGAUGAGGUCUCACGAGUCGCACUAGAGGUCGGCAUCAAUGGCAAGCUUGGUGGCCAGGCAUUUGUUCCUAACGUCGACGGCGUGUGGAAGAAGGUCACGGACAACGUCAAUACCAUGGCCAAUAACCUCACGUUCCAGGUUCGGUCUAUCGGAAAUGUGACCACCGCUGUUGCGCGCGGCGAUCUAACCAAGGUCAUUGCUGUGGAUGCGCGUGGCGAGAUGGGCACAUUGAAGACGACAAUGAACGGGAUGGUGUCCCAGCUGCGUAUCUUUGCUGGGGAGGUGUCGCGUGUGGCCAAGGAAGUCGGUACCGACGGUCAGCUGGGCGGCCAAGCCAACGUCCCGAAUGUCGACGGUACCUGGAAGGAGCUCACCGAUAAUGUCAACACCAUGGCCGACAACCUGACCAGCCAGGUGCGGACAAUCAGCAACGUCACUAAGGCUGUUGCGCUUGGCGAUCUGACACAGAAGAUCAAGGUCGAUGCGCUCGGAGAGAUGGGCGACCUGAAGACCACAAUCAACGACAUGGUGGACCGGUUGAACACGUUUGCUGAUGAGGUGUCGCGUGUGGCCAAGGAGGUCGGCACAGACGGCAAGCUUGGCGGUCAAGCCAACGGACUGACAGACAAUGUCAACACCAUGGCUAACAAUUUGACAAACCAGGUGCGCGACAUCGCCAAUGUCACCAAAGCUAUCUCUGCUGGUGAUCUGACGCGCAAGGUUGAGAUUCCGCUGAACGGCGAGAUGGCAGAGCUGAAAGACACGAUCAAUACCAUGGUGGACCAGCUCAGUACGUUUGCUGACGAGGUAUCGCGUGUCGCCAAGGAGGUCGGUACCGAUGGCAAGCUCGGCGGGCAGGCCAAUGUCCCGAACGUCGACGGCACCUGGAAGGGACUGACAGAUAAUGUCAAUAAGAUGGCGGACAACUUGACGAACCAGGUCCGUGACAUUGCCAAUGUCACCAAGGCAAUCUCAGCCGGCAACCUCAAUCUCAAGGUCGAGGUGCCGCUGAACGGCGAGAUGGGUGACUUGAAGGGCACCAUCAACACGAUGGUGGACCAGCUCAACACGUUUGCCGCCGAAGUGUCGCGUGUGGCCAAGGAGGUUGGAACUGACGGCAAACUCGGCGGACAGGCCAACGUCGAGGGUGUUGAUGGCACCUGGAAGUCGCUUACUGACAACGUCAACAAGAUGGCAGACAACCUGACCAACCAGGUGCGCUCUAUCAGCGAGGUCACAAAGGCUGUUGCGCUCGGCGAUUUGACGCAGAAGAUCAAUGUCGAUGCGCUCGGAGAGAUGGGCGAUCUGAAGACAACUAUCAACGAGAUGGUGGACCAGCUGAAUGUAUUUGCUGAUGAGGUGUCGCGUGUCGCUAAGGAGGUCGGAACUGAUGGGCAGCUUGGUGGCCAGGCGAUCGUUCCCAAUGUUGAUGGUACCUGGAAGGAUCUGACAUUUAAUGUCAACAAGAUGGCAGACAAAUUGACCAACCAAGUCCGAGACAUCGCCAAUGUCACCAAGGCUAUUUCAGCAGGCGACCUGACGCGUAAGGUCGAGGUGCCGCUCAAUGGCGAGAUGGGCGAACUCAAAAACACGAUCAACACCAUGGUGGACCAACUCAACACAUUUGCAGCCGAAGUAUCCCGAGUUGCCAAGGAGGUCGGAACCGAUGGUCAACUUGGCGGACAGGCCAACGUCCCGAAUGUCGAUGGCACUUGGAAGGACCUGACUGACAACGUCAACAACAUGGCCACCAAUCUGACCAACCAAGUCCGUGAUAUCGCCAAUGUCACCAAGGCAAUCUCAGCUGGUAACCUCAAUCUCAAGGUCGAGGUGCCGCUGAACGGCGAGAUGGGUGACUUGAAGGGCACCAUCAACACGAUGGUGGACCAGCUCAACACGUUUGCCGCCGAAGUGUCGCGUGUGGCCAAGGAGGUCGGAACUGAUGGUCAGCUGGGCGGACAAGCCAACGUCCCAAAUGUCGACGGUACCUGGAAGGAUCUGACAGACAAUGUCAACAAGAUGGCCACCAAUCUGACCAACCAGGUGCGCGACAUUGCAGAUGUCACCAAGGCGAUUUCUGCGGGUGACUUGACACGCAAGGUUCAGGUUCCGCUGAAUGGUGAGAUGGGCGAGCUCAAGCAGACCAUCAACACCAUGGUGGACCAGCUCAGUACGUUUGCUGAUGAGGUGUCGCGUGUGGCCAAGGAGGUUGGUACUGAUGGCAAGCUUGGCGGGCAGGCCAAUGUCCCGAAUGUCGAUGGCACCUGGAAGGGACUGACAGAUAAUGUCAACAAGAUGGCGGACAAUCUGACGAACCAGGUGCGUGACAUUGCCAAUGUCACCAAGGCCAUUUCAGCAGGCGAUCUGCGCCAGAAGGUGUCGUCGGAUCUUAACGGUGAGAUGGCAGAGUUGAAGACAACCAUCAAUACCAUGGUGGACCAGCUCAGUACGUUUGCUGAUGAGGUGUCGCGUGUGGCCAAGGAGGUCGGUACCGAUGGCAAGCUCGGCGGACAGGCCAACGUCCCGAAUGUUGAUGGCACUUGGAAGGACUUGACGGACAACGUCAACAAGAUGGCGGACAACUUGACGAAUCAGGUCCGAGACAUCGCCAAUGUCACCAAGGCAAUUUCAGCUGGCAACCUUAAUCUCAAGGUCGAGAUGCCGCUGAACGGCGAGAUGGGUGACUUGAAGGGCACCAUCAACACGAUGGUGGACCAGCUCAACACGUUCGCCGCCGAAGUGUCGCGUGUGGCCAAGGAGGUCGGAACUGAUGGGCAGCUAGGCGGACAAGCCAAUGUCCCAAAUGUCGACGGUACCUGGAAGGAUCUGACAGACAAUGUCAACAAGAUGGCCACCAAUCUGACCAACCAGGUGCGGGACAUCGCCAAUGUCACCAAGGCAAUCUCAGCCGGCAACCUUAAUCUCAAGGUCGAGGUGCCGCUGAACGGCGAGAUGGCAGAGUUGAAAGACACUAUCAACACCAUGGUUGACCAGCUGAGCACGUUCGCGGCUGAGGUGUCGCGUGUCGCCAAGGAGGUCGGUACUGAUGGACAGCUGGGCGGACAAGCCAACGUCGAGGGUGUUGAUGGCACCUGGAAGUCGCUCACUGACAACGUCAACAAGAUGGCAGACAACCUGACCAACCAGGUUCGCUCUAUUAGCGAGGUCACAAAGGCUGUUGCGCUCGGCGAUUUGACGCAGAAGAUCAAUGUCGAUGCUUUGGGUGAGAUGGCAGAGCUGAAGACGACCAUCAACACGAUGGUGGACCAGCUGAGCACGUUCGCUGCUGAGGUGUCGCGUGUCGCUAAGGAGGUUGGUACUGAUGGGCAGCUUGGUGGCCAGGCAAAUGUUCCCAACGUCGAUGGUACCUGGAAGUCGCUCACUGACAAUGUCAACAAGAUGGCAGACAACUUGACCAACCAGGUGCGCGAUAUUGCCAAUGUCACCAAGGCUAUUUCAGCAGGCGACCUGACGCGCAAGGUCGAGGUACCGCUGAACGGCGAGAUGGGUGAGCUCAAGCAGACCAUUAAUACCAUGGUGGACCAGCUCAGUACGUUUGCUGAUGAGGUGUCGCGUGUGGCCAAGGAGGUUGGUACCGAUGGCAAGCUCGGCGGGCAAGCCAAUGUCCCGAAUGUCGAUGGCACUUGGAAGGGGCUAACCGACAACGUGAACACCAUGGCUGACAACCUGACCAACCAAGUCCGUGAUAUCGCCAAUGUCACCAAGGCCAUUUCAGCAGGCGAUCUGACACGUAAGGUCGAAAUUCCGUUGAAUGGAGAAAUGGCCGAGCUCAAGCAGACCAUCAACACCAUGGUGGACCAGCUGAGCACUUUCGCUGCUGAGGUGUCGCGUGUGGCCAAGGAGGUUGGCACCGAUGGUCAGCUGGGCGGACAGGCCAAUGUCGACGGCGUCGAUGGCACUUGGAAGGAUCUGACUGACAAUGUCAACAAGAUGGCCACCAAUCUGACCAACCAGGUGCGUGAUAUCGCCACAGUAACCAAGGCCAUUUCAGCAGGCAACUUGAACCUUAAAGUCGAGGUGCCACUCAAUGGCGAGAUGGGCGAGCUCAAGUCGACCAUCAACACCAUGGUGGACCAGCUGAGCACGUUCGCCGCCGAAGUGUCGCGUGUGGCCAAGGAGGUCGGAACUGAUGGGCAGCUCGGUGGACAGGCCAAUGUCCCGAAUGUCGACGGUACCUGGAAGGAUCUGACAGAUAAUGUCAACAAGAUGGCGGACAAUCUGACGAACCAGGUGCGUGACAUCGCCAAUGUCACCAAGGCGGUUGCUGCUGGUGAUUUGCGCCAGAAGGUGUCGUCGGAUCUUAACGGUGAGAUGGCAGAGCUGAAGACGACCAUCAACACGAUGGUGGACCAGCUGAGCACGUUCGCUGCUGAGGUGUCGCGUGUAGCCAAGGAGGUAGGAACUGAUGGCCAGCUGGGCGGUCAGGCCAACGUUGAAGGCGUUGACGGCACCUGGAAGUCGCUCACUGACAAUGUCAACAAGAUGGCAGACAACUUGACCAACCAGGUGCGCGAUAUUGCCAAUGUCACCAAGGCGAUUUCGGCAGGUGAUCUGACGCGCAAAGUUGAGAUUCCACUGAACGGCGAGAUGGCAGAGCUGAAGACGACCAUCAACACCAUGGUAGACCAGCUCAGCAUCUUCGCCAAGGAAGUGUCCCGUGUCGCCAAGGAGGUCGGCACCGAUGGUCAGCUCGGUGGCCAGGCAAAUGUUCCCAACGUCGAUGGUACCUGGAAGGAUCUGACCGAAAACGUCAACAAGAUGGCAGACAACCUGACAAACCAGGUGCGCUCUAUUAGCGAGGUCACAAAGGCCGUUGCGCUCGGCGAUUUGACGCAGAAGAUCAAUGUCGAUGCUUUGGGUGAGAUGGCAGAGCUGAAGACGACCAUCAACACCAUGGUAGACCAGCUCAGCAUCUUCGCCAAGGAAGUGUCCCGUGUCGCAAAGGAGGUCGGCACCGAUGGUCAGCUCGGUGGCCAGGCAAAUGUUCCCAACGUCGAUGGGACCUGGAAGUCGCUCACCAACAACGUUAACCGGAUGGCUGAUAACCUGACAAACCAGGUGCGCGACAUUGCAAUGGUGACCAAGGCGAUUUCGGCCGGUGAUCUGACCAAGUUUGUCACUGUUCCUCUUAGCGGCGAAAUGGGCGAGCUGAAAGACACAAUUAACAGCAUGGUCAAGCGCCUGGCUGUCUUCGCCGCUGAGGUCAAUAAGGUCGCCCGCGAGGUCGGCACUGAGGGCAAGCUCGGCGUGCAGGCCCUUGUCCACGACGUCGAGGGUGCAUGGCUGGAGGUCACAUCCAAGGUCAACACCAUGGCUCUCAACCUCACCAACCAGGUACGUGCGUUUGCGCAGAUCACAGCGGCCGCCACUGGCGGUGACUUUAACUCGAUGAUCACCGUUGACGCAUCUGGCGAGAUGGACGCGCUCAAGUCACAGAUCAACCGCAUGGUGACAUCGCUGCGUGUGAGUAUCGUGCGUAACAUGCAGGCCCGCCAGGCAGCCGAGGUAGCCAACCGUGCCAAGAGCGAGUUCCUGGCUAACAUGUCGCAUGAGGUGCGCACGCCUAUGAACGGUAUCAUUGGAAUGACUUCGAUGACCUUGGAGACCAACCUGACGCACACACAGCGUGAUUCGCUGAUGAUUGUGUCGAGUCUGUCGAACUCGCUGCUGUCAAUCCUCAAUGACCUGCUUGACUUGUCCAAGAUUGAGGCUGGUCGCAUGAGCAUGGAGCAGAUUCCAUUUGCGCUGCGCAACGCCAUGCUGAGUGUGCUGAAGACUCUGUCGAUCAAGUCGGUGCAGAAGGGCCUCAACGUCUUCUUUAUGUGCGAUCCUGAUAUCCCCGACAACGUUGUCGGCGACCCGCAUCGACUGCGCCAGGUGCUGACUAAUCUGGUUGGCAACGCGGUCAAAUUUACCAAUGAGGGCGAAAUCUCGAUUAAUUGCCGUUGCCUGCAGCGCCAGGGCAACGAGCUCACGCUCGAGAUCUCAGUCAAGGACACGGGCAUUGGCAUCCCCAAGGACAAGAUUGAUGUCGUGUUUGAGACAUUCACGCAGGCUGACGGUUCAACCACUCGUAGAUACGGCGGAACGGGUCUGGGUCUCAGCAUCUCGCGUAGCCUCUGCCGUCUCCUUGGAGGUGACAUCCGCGUCGAGAGCGAAUAUGGGCUCGGAUCCAACUUUAUCUUCACCUGCAAGCUUGAGGCACCUGUGCCUAACUUUGAGUUCUUCGAGCGUCGCAUUCUGCCCUACCGUAACCGCCAUGUGCUGGUUAUCUACGACUGCCGCAACAACCCGGAGGCCAAGGAAAUGGUGGUUAAGCUGCGUGAGAUGCUCCACUCGUUCCAUCUGAGCACAGCGACUGUCGACACAGCAGAGCAGGCCGAGCGCCUGAUUUGGCGCGGAGCACAGCACCGUCCCAUGUUUGACACAUUCAUUGUCGAUACAAUGCAGACCGCCGAUGAGUUGCGGUCCACUGGGCUGACCAACCUGAACUUCAUGCCCAUUGUCUACUUUGCCGACCCGCGCAACAGCUGCAUCAACGUCAACCGCAUCAUUGAGCUCGGCAUCAACUCGUACAUUGACAUUCCGUUUGACUACAGCAAGCUUGCCAGCGCGAUGCUGCCAGCCCUCGAGACACACUCGCUUAUUCCUGAUCUGUCCAAGUACCGCAAGCGCCCCCUGCGCAUUCUUCUGGCUGAGGACAAUGUGGUCAACCAGAAGCUUGCGCUACGCAUCCUGCAAAAGUGCAACCACAAAGUCGAGGUCGUGUCCAAUGGGCAAUUGGCAGUAGAGGCUGUCAUGGAUACGUGGAAGCGCAAUAUGGACAUAUACGGCAAGAAUAUCAGGAAGGACGCAUCCAACCCUGGGUCGGAGAACGACAGGAGCGGGCCAUCGCAUAGUCGUGCCAAGUCCAAGUCGCCGUUUGCCAUGGAUCCUGACGAGCCGACGCCAACGGAUGAGCGCAUCGAUUUCAUCGGCGAUGCCGAGCCAGGGCUCAGUCGCAUCACUGAAGUUGACGAGUCCGGAGAUGGCGGUGACGCCAACGAGGGUGCCUCUGUCCAGUCCCAGAGCGCUGAAGCAGGUGGGCAGCCGCAGGAAGGCAGCGAGUCCGACAAGCCCAAGGCCGUUGAAGGCACGGUAUUUGCUGACAGCAUGUACCCGCCAGCUGUCAAGGCUCCUGAUGACCUGCCACUCGUGCUCGACUCUAUCGAUAUUCCGAACGCGGAGGACAAGGAGGCCGACGAGGACAAUCCGUACAACAACACGACCGAGGAAAGCCCCGAGGAGACCAAGCCAGCCGGUGUGCGCGAUCCCAAGUCCAAGUUUGCCUGUGUGCCGAUGCCGUUCGACAUCAUCCUGAUGGACAUCCAGAUGCCAGUAGUCCACGGAUUUGAGGCCACCAAGCGGAUCCGCAAGUGGGAGGAGAGUGAGGGCGUUGAUUUCCGCACGCCGAUUAUUGCGCUGACAGCACAUGCUAUGCUGGGAGAUCGCGACCGCUGCCUGUCGUCUGGGAUGGACGAGUACAUCACCAAGCCCCUGCGGUUUGAGACGCUGCUGACGACUAUCACACGCUUCCAACCGCGGAUGUAUGACGAGUACGGCGAUAUUGUGCCCAUCGUUGACACGAUAAACGACUCGACUGAUUCCCAGUCCAACUCUGAUGACGAUGACAGCGACAGCGACGAUGAGAUGGAGCCGAUGCAUCCCCGCGACUACUUUGGUCGGGACGAUGUGCCAUAUGGUAUCUACGACGAUGAUGGGUACAAUGACGACGACGACGACGAUGACGACGACGGCGAUGACUGUGACGAUGAUACGGAGAGGUACCGGCGAUCGUUCCUGGGCACUGCCUUUGGAAAGCGUGCCAAGAAGAGCCCAGGGGCAAGUAGUCGGCUACCGCGAUGCACCGCCUACCAUGAUUUCGCAAGGGCGAUCGUGAGCAAAAGACGUCGCAGCAGCGCAAGGCAGGCCCGUGCUCUGCGCAAGCAAGUCAUGAAGUACAAGCGCGAGUAUGGCGAGCACAUUACGCGCAAGGGUGAUGCGAUGUCUGGGGUGGAGCAGCAGUUGUCCGACGGCAAACGCUCAGGCGAUAUCACUGACUCUGCAGAGAACAGCGACAACGAGGGGGAUGGCAGCAAUGACGACGGCGGCUCUGAAACAGCCUUGGCAUCGCUGAGGCAGCCGAAGAACACAACACUAGCAACUUUCUCGAUGAAGCAGCUGAACAACCGGUCGAUCUACAACUCGUACUCGAUCAUGUCGCAGUCAGCCAAGAGCCGCCGCGACCGCAAGCUGGCGCAGUCUGGCAAACAAAAGCAGACCCGCAGCUCGAGCUCACCACAAGCCCGUGUGGUCGCUGCCUACGAGAAAUCGCACCGUGAGUCGCAAAAGAACAAGAUGGGCGGCAGCGGUGGUUUGCGUGCCGGGAUGCUCCCGAUGGACUUUAUGGAUGGUCAGUCGACAUACCGUGAUGGCAUCUACUCGAUGGACUACAACAUGGGCGGCCAAGGUUUUGAAGCUCAGGCCACGUACCUUGAUCUGCCCCGGCACAGUAUCAUUGACCCGACGAUGCUCAGCUUCGAUCCGCCGGGCGCGCCAGCGCACAGCAGCUUCAGCUACGGUACUACCCAAGGAGGAACUCCCACCAUCGACAACUCCAAGUCGCGGUCCGAUGGCGGCUGGUCGGUAGCAACACCUGUGCGGCCAAGCAUCCUGACGGCUCAGACAGCUACUGGCUCAUUCAGCAGCGGCUCAGCACCGCCAGCAUCGGUCAACCGUGCCCGUUCGCCCGCGUCGGGCGAGGCAGUGUCGGCUGCUGCUGCUACCAAUUACUCACAGCUUAAGACGACUGCCGAUAUCGCGGCUGCCAUGGCGGCCGCUGCAGCAGGCGAUGCCAAUGCACUGCGUGCGAUCCAGUCCACUACCAUGUUCAACGACACAGGCGAGGUGUCAACGGAGCCAGCAGACCCUAAUAGAGCUGAGACGAUGCCUGUCAGUAGCUCGGCUACAGCAGCAUCCUCAUCUGACCCGAUGCUGAUGGUAAAGGCAUCGCCUGUCUCCUCACCGUCACUGGCCAAGGCGCAGCAGGUUGGAGGCGGUGCUUCCAUGCCAGCAAAGAGCUCCUCUGGUGGUGGAGACAGCGCCACUGCACACGGACACCAAUCGUCAUCAUCAAAGGCGUCAUUGAAGCUCUCUCGCAAUGUGCGUGAGCGCCUGAUGCGAGCUCGUCAGAAGCAGAUCAACAAGCACAAGGAUGACGACGAGGUCAAAGACUUUGAUCCGUCGAAGAUCCCGCGGCAGCAGCAGGACAAAAAGAAGCAGAUGAAGAAUAUAGUGAAGCGCGUCUGGGUGCAGAACAAGCAGCUCUGCACCAACCUGGCCUAA